AUGUGUUGCAAUCGAAGAAGCCGAUUACAUGCAAGUACGUAUGAGGAGGAUCAUAGCCAUAGAAGAAUGAGAGAACUUGCUCAGGUGUGUUACGAAGCUCUUAUCAAUGACUAUGGUCAUAUGGUAUCAAAUGUUGUUGAGGAUUUUCGUGAGAGGCAGAGCAACCUGAAAUUGCACACACGAAAACGAGGUCGUCUUCCGACUAGCAUUGUUACUACUGAUCAAUCGAACGAAGUCCAAAUCAAGAGAAGGAAGUCAAAUGGCGGUGUAGUUGGGGGACCGUAUCCACCACCGCCUAUUCCUCAAGCAAUGAGCGAUGUCAUUCGUAGUACUGGUCACCAUCACCUUCCACUUCUGGUUAUCCAGAAGAAACUUUUUCAUGCUGAUAUUCAGGCGCAACAAAAUCGCCUUUCGAUGCCUUUGAAUCAGAUCAAUUCUGAUGGUUUUUUGAGUGAGGCUGAGAAAAAGAAGGUCGGCCAAGAGGGAAUGAAUGUUCGAUUCAUUGAGUCGAGCAUGGAAGAAAACAGACUAAUACUGAGAAAGUGGUGCUAUAAGAAGACGAAGAACAUGUCUGUCUUUUCCUAUGUGUUUAACAAAAACUGGUUCGGUGUCGUUGAGAAAAAUGGACUCAAAGUGGGCGACAUUGUUCAAGUGUGGGUUUUUAGAGACAAGGACGGAAACCCUUGUUUCGCCAUGGUCAAUCUCGGCGAGGACGCUACUGACUGAUCUCAUCAUCAGUCUCGGCAAGAGACGGCAUCUCAUUUGGUGCUACUACGGUCAAAUGUGUCAAUGUCACAGCAUAAUUUUAGUUUUAUUAGUUUCUAUAUUUAGUGAUCAAUCCUAACAAAUGUCAAGUUCACUGUGCUCUUUCUACUGUACUUUAGUUUUUGUUUAUAAAUAUAUAUGUCGAUCAGUAUCGUUUUUCCUUUUUUAUUUUUUAUUUUUUUUGGUAAUAUCAUAUAUAUAUAUAGUAUUAUAAAGAAUAUUAACAUGAUAGGAUUUCUACAGUGUGAGGCGUACUCCGUGAUAUCAUUUGUGCGUUUGUGUUAUUUAUUAACUUUAACAAGUACAACAUAAAUAUGUUUUAGAGCAAUCACAAGUAGAAAGGAGA